AUGUAUCGAUAUAAUAAAGGGUCUCCUCUUGAGAGAACACCGCAGAAACGAGUUAGCCGCCACGAGAAUCGGCGUAACAGUAUUGAAUUACCAAAACUGCCACCUUUGAACACAAGAAACUCCUUUUUAGAUGAUUCUGAUAACGGAACAGAUAACGUCUCAAUUGGCUGGACACCAAUCAGUGACAAUCAGCAAUAUCCAAGCCCGAUCCCUCAAGCUUUUACUUUUGCGUCUAAACAUCAUAUAAGAGGGAACGUUACAAGUUCGACAGAAUCUACACCCAAAUCAGCUAAACAUAUGAAAGAAAGGCGACCACCACCGCUUUUACAUACCAAUGAAACAUUACUCUUAGGCUCACCCAUGGCUUCUCCUGGAUCUUGGUCCAGAGAAAGACCACCCAGUAGGUUACCUUUUGUAGGGGAUCCAGAAGUACGAGAUUACAUAGACGACACGUCUAACCAUUCCACAACCUUAAAAUCACCAUUUGUCAAUGACUUUAGUUCACUUUCUAUGAAAUCUCCAACAGAUAGUAUCAAAUGCCAGAAUCGGUUUUCUGACGAAUUUAAUCCUCGGCAUCAUGAAAGAGAGAAAGCUUUGCCCCCCAUUCCUUCCUCUACCACCCUUUUGCUAUCCCCCUUUAACGAUGAAGAUUCAGAAUUUUUCACCAAGCCACCACCACCUUUAUCAACCUCCAGAAACAUUAGCGGACAUAGCAGAGUAUCAGAGAGUUUAGAAAGUGUUUACUCGGAUUCAGAUUAUACUUUUAAUAAUUCGAAUGCAAGGCAAAGUAGUUUCAACUCCUUACUGGGCGCCAAACCGUUGGAGCUAGCACCCAGCAUUACUGCCCCAACACAACCAUUUUCUAUCCAAUCAAUAGACGAACACAAACUUUACCAAUGUGACAAUGUUCACAAACUAUCCGGUAUCUACGAGUGGAUUCUAAAAGUCUAUUUUGAAUGGUUUAACGAAUGUGUGUUCACGAAAAUCGACCUCUUCCAAAUAGUCCAGUUACUGUUAGAGUUCCAGAUGCCCAAGAAUUUUGAUCAAGAUACAAUAGACUCUAAUGUCGAUAAUAUCAUGGCUUCUCUUAUUGCACAAGAAGCGGUAAGAUUUGAUAUAAUCAAUGAUGAAGAGAUAGCCGUGGUAGUAGCUGGCCUGGAUGUCACUGGUGUCUUCACAGAGUUACUACCGUGCUAUUCGUUCAUUGAUAACACCUAUGGGCCUACCAAUUCUUCAAUCUGUUAUUCUAACGUCUGUACAUAUGGACAAAUCUCGGAUUUUAGAAAGGAAAUAAAAAUUUCUGAAAUUAUAAAUAAAUCCGUCGGACUUUGGACGGAAUACUGGCAUUUGACACCUGAAGAUUUGGCGGAAAUCAAUCCACGUGAAGUUCAGCGACAGAGUUUCAUCUUUGACCUGAUCAUUUUAGAAGAGAGAUCUUUGAAUAUGGCUACCGCAGCCGUGGAAAUCUAUGGGAAACGGUUCGACACGACUUUACUUCCAGAUGAGCCUGAGUUCAAAUCUUUGGCAUUUGAUAUCUUUGAGCCUCUGAUACAGUUACAUACUGAAUUUCUGUUGACACCAAUUUUCUGGAAGCUGAAAACAAGAGGUAAGUUUAUUGAUGGUAUCGGGAAAAUCUAUUCAAAAUGGUGCGCUGAAGCCAAGGAUAUAUAUUUGGAUUAUGCGAAGGCUAUGGCAACCGUUCACGAAAUUAUAACAUGGGAGAAAAAAAACAAGACAAGAUUUGUUGCAUGGCUUAAAAAUAUCGACAAUUCUGUUGAAAUUACAAGAUCUAAGAUGUAUCACGACGUGAUUUUUUUCGGUGGGUUUUUCAAAUCUUUACAGAAUAUGCCCGUGACUUUACGUUCGAUACUGAAAAAUACAGACCCUUCUAUGGAGGAUUAUGAAUAUCUCAAAAUAGUCAUUAAAGAUGUAGAAAAUUUGAACUUUGAAGUAAAUCAAGUUCACGGAUUGGCGAUUGACCACAGAAAAUUAGUGAGAUUCUCAAAACAGUUAGUAUUGAGCACUAAUAGUAGUAAUGCAGCAAGUUAUGUAAACGUUGGAGGUGGUUCUAAUACUGGUGAAGGUGAUGCUAUUCAGGACAAGUUAGCCCUUGGAUUAACUUAUCCUGAAAGAAAAUUGAUACUGUCCGGAACAGUUUACAAAAAGAGGGAACUAUGGCUGGAUCCAACUCCUGUGUAUAUUGCAUUACUGGACAAUUGCUUACUAAUUACGGAAGAAAUAAAUAAAGGCGAAUCUCAAAGAUAUAAACUUAUCGAGAGACCGAUCCCCAUAGAUUACCUAAGUCUCGAGAAAAGAAGAAUUGCGGAAGACAAUACACUGCCCACGAGGAGUUACUCUCAAAGAGAACACAAAUCACCUAUACAUUCGUUUUCGACACCCAUUAGUUCAAUGAGGCCUUUACUCAGAAGCUCUGGAAAUCAUGUAUCAACAGCAUACGGAGACAAAAAAACGAGUAGCACUGAAAUUUCUAACGCGAACCCAAAUAUUAAUGAAUUCACAUUCAAAAUCAGAAAUACUGCUACAGGCGAAUCUUUUAAAUUCUAUACAACUACUGCAGAGGAACUUAGCCAAUGGGUCGGUGCUAUCAUGGAGUCAUUUAAGAAAAAUUCUGAAAAGCAUGAGGUGAAUCCGUUUGAGUUUACUGUGUUAAGUUCUGAAUUUGGAUAUUUUGACAAGGACGCGCCAGUAAAUUUACCUGUAGCUCCAGAAGGCUCUGAAAUCGAUGUAGCAUUGAAAAGGUAUGCCCAAAAAAUAGACGAGGAUCCAUGUUCGUGGAGUAAGACUACAAGGAUAAUGUGUUGUGAAGAUGUCAAAUAUGAAGGUAAAGUCUACCUACUCGUAGCUACUAUCGACGGUGUCUUUAUAAAAUGUAGAGACGACUAUAAUCACGGAUUUGUGAAAAUAUUGGAGACGAAUGAUGUCAAAAGAAUGGAAGCCAGUAUUAAAUUGGGGCUUUUGUUCGUUUUGGAUAGCAAAAGACUGUGCUACUUUAGCAUCUCGAAUCUGCUAAGCUCCUAUAUUAAAGAAGAUUCUCCGGAUAAAAGUUGUAUUGUGGGAAUAGUAAUCAAAGAUAAGGUACGAUUUUUCAAACUCGCUGAUGAUUUCGGUAAUUCCAAGCAUCUGUUUUUUGAGAGAAAGGGGAAAAUAGUUAUAUUGACACCCGAGUUUGAUCAAUUAACAAACAAAGUGAAGUAUUUUAAAUUCUACAAGGAGUACAAGCUUCCUAGUUCAAGUAACAACAUUCUAAACAAUGAAAUCGAAGAUAUUACGAUAUUGAGGAAAAGUUUUGCAGUUUGUACGAAGAAAACAGUCAUACUUUAUCAAGAUUCGUUCGAAGAUAACGGGAUAGUUUUGCCAUCUUUUUUGAACGACAAGGAGAUGAUGGCACACUUAAGGCAUCCCCACCUGAAUAAUCUACCGUUCAAAAACGUGAUGGACUCGAAGAAACGCACAUCUAAAGAAUCACUUACCGAAGAAGCCAAAAAGGAUAUUGCUACUUGUAAAGCUAUACCAGUGAAUUUUUUCCAAAUCUCGCAAUCCAAAUUUUUCCUGUUGGUAUACGACGAAGCUGUAGUUAAGAUAAACUGCUACGGUGAAAUGUCAGAUUGGAGAAAGGACAUUCUACUGUUGGAUUUUUGUUGCACUGGCGCAAGUUUUCAUGAGAACCAUUUGAUUCUCGUUGGCGACAAUUUAAUACAAAUAUACGACCUGAAAAAUAUCCAUCAAAACCUGGGCGAACUAGCUCCUAUCCAAAUAAUCAAAGGCAAAAAGAUAAAGCUAGCUAGUUCAGAAACAAAAGAAAAGACAAUCCUUGUCUUGAGUCAUCCAAACAUACUUAACAGACAGCUGUUGGUUGCGUGUAACCCUGUAACCAUCCUAGAUCACAAAUAA